AUGGUGGCACUUCGAAGAAAAACAGAACUGAAAGAUGACGGCUCAGCGAGAACGUAUAAGAAGCUGAAAUCCUCCUCGUUUGUCACCUCCUCUUUUGUUUUGCACUCAUACUCUAAAUUACCGGACAUUAACGAGAUACCGAAAGCAAAGACAAUUGGACUUGACAUUUUUGUCUGGGGUACAGGGUCAAUGUGCGAAUUGGGAUUGGGUCCCUCUGCAAAAACAAAAGAGGUCAAAAGACCAAGAUUGAAUCCCUACCUCACUGAAGAAAGCUUGGGGGGGACUAAGAUAGUUGAUUUUGCCGUGGGAGGAAUGCAUACAUUGGCACUUGAUGGUAAAAAUCGUGUGUGGUCUUGGGGUACGAAUGACAGCGCAGUUCUAGGAAGAGACACUUCACAUGCCAAAGAAGCGUUAAGAGACAUAGAUGAGGUAGAUAGCGAAGACGACGAAGACGGAGAUUUAAAUGAAGCUGAAUCGGUUCCUGGAUUGGUUGAAGGGUUGAAUGUAGAUCAUUCAAUUGUGCAACUAGCGGCUACAGACAAUCUAAGUGCAGUUCUUUUGUCCAAUGGAGACGUUUAUGCCUGGGGAUGUUUUCGAUGUAAUGAGGGCAUGUUGGGCUUUUUGAGAUCAGAGAUCAAGAUGCAAAGAACGCCAUUGAAAAUUGACCUUUUCAAGAACAUUGUGCAGAUUGCUGCGGGAAAGGACCACUUACUAGCACUUGACUCAAAAGGAAUUGUGUUUGCAUGGGGAAAUGGACAGCAAUUUCAACUAGGAAGAAGAAUCUUGGAGAGACACCGCUAUAAAAACUUAGAACCGCAACAGUUUGGACUAUACGAUAUCAAGUAUGUAGCGAGUGGCGAUUUCCAUUGUUUUGCCAUUGAUCACAACGACAAUGUUUUCGCAUGGGGCUUGAACCAAUUUGGCCAAUGUGCGUUAACUGGUGCUAACGGAGAAUUAGAGGAUGGCUCUGUUUUGACCAAACCAACUUUAAUUCCAGAGUUGUCCAAUCUUGGUAUCCAUCAAAUUGCAGCUGGAGAACAUCACACUUUGGCAUUGACUAAGGAUGGCGAUGUGCUUGCUUGGGGGAGAUAUGAUAUGAAAGAAGUUGGGAUCCCCGAAGAAGAUCUUCCAAAAUCUACAUUUAGGGACCAGCAUGGUAAACCCCGAUCAGUGCCGGUUCCUACAAAAAUCAAGUUUGGCAAGAAGAGUGAUCUGAAGGUGAAGAUAAAAGAGAUAGGUGUUGGCUCACAUCACUCGUUCGCAAUUACUGACGACGGAGUUGUUUAUGCGUGGGGCUUUUCGGAGACGUAUGCACCCGGAUUGGGAAAUUUGGAUGAAGACGUUGAUCAGCCAACCAGAAUUGUGAAUACUGCCACCAAAAACGAAGAUAUCCGCUUAAUCGGAGCUGGAGGACAGUUUUCGGUUAGUGGUGGGGUCAAAAUUGAUAACGAAGAGGAAGCAGAAAAGAGGAUUGAAAAGUACGAGGAGAUUGAUGAAGAUUAA